AUGGAGUUGUCCCGCGACGACUGCGACGUGUGCCACCGCGUGACGCAGGAGCUGUUGCACGAGGCGCUGCGCGACUGUGUCGAGCUCGGCAUUGCAGCCACGCGGGACGCAAAUCGAGCGCAGUUUGACAAGAAGCGGUGGAAAAAGCUCGAGACGGCUGCCCAUGUGUCGGUCUACGCCGACCGUCGAGCCGACUCGGCGUGGCUGCCCAUGAUGCGGCGACCAGAGUGGGAAGGACCUGUGGCCGUGACGGCCGUUGGCCGCAUGGAGUGCUCGCUGGACGACGUGCUGUUUGCCGUCAUGACGCCGAACGCCGCCAUGUUGAAGCUGCGGGCGUUCCUCAUGGACCAUCGCCUCGAGAAGAACUGUCAGCUCGUGCCGAUUGAGACUCCGACGCAGGACGCGCCGUUUCGCUUCCUCGCGGCCACGCGGUUCGUGAACACGCACAACUGGCCGUUCACAAUGUUCAAGAGUCCGCGCGAAAUGAUCCUCGCGAUUGCAACGGGGUACACGACCAGUGCAAGUGGGAAGCCCUGUGCCUAUGAACUCGCCCAGUCGGUCGAGCUCCCGUGCACUGGCGCGCGCGAUCGCCUCAUGUCGCGGUCCCGGGUGCUCCAAGCGCGUCUCUUUUGGGAACAGCCCGACGGCUCCAUUGCAGUCUACUGCAAACUCGUAGUCGACGCACGGAAUUGCCUCUCGGACGCCGUCAAGCAGACAACACUGUGUCAAUCCGUGCUCCGGUUCUGGAAGUUUGUCCCGCGGAGCCUCGAGACGAAGAAGCUCUGGUGGUGUGUCAAGAACAAGCGGCGAUUGAUCCACGAGCUGCGGACCAACGCGCAGGCACAGGGUGCCGAGACGUUUGCCACGUGUCAAGUCAAGUCGCUGCGGUCGCACUGCAGCAAAGCUGGCGCUGCCCCGCGGUGUGAGUUCUGCGACAAAGAGCUCUGCGACGACCCAAAGUGCCGUCAGUCGUGUCAGCUCAAGAUGAUCCUCAGUAGCAACACAGGGAUUCUCGAGCAGAUGCUGACGCUGUGUCUCCGCUGUGCGGUCUUUGUGCGGAACCAGAACGCAGCGGACAUUGCCCGCGCGCAGUUAGUGGAGAUGGAUCAGACGUCCUACGGCAGUGGCGCGUCGUUUACAAAGGUCGCACCUGCUUGGAACGAAGACGACUCGUCGUUAGCCUCUCGUGCAUCGACGGAGUCGACGUAA